UACUUUGUGAAAUUCGAUGGCGCUUAAUACAAGUUAAUCCAGAGAUUCCCGUGUUUUCGUGAGUUUUAGUGAUGGCACUGAAACAUUUUCGGACGUUGACACCGAUUUUAGCGGACACCUGUUACAGUAAAACAUUUAGACUGUCGAUAAAAGCCAGUUUGUUGCCUGUAAAAUGCUACAGCACAGCAACAGGAGGUGAAGACACAGGAACAGCUGCGGGACAGACUGUGGUCACAGAGCGCAGGGGGUCCGUGGUCACCGUGGCGAUAAACCGUCCUGAGGUGCGUAAUGCGGUGAACCAGGAGACGGCGAGGCGUCUGCUUAAAGAGUUGGAGGCCUUCGACAGUGACCCAGACUUGAACGUGGCUGUCCUGCAUGGGAAAGGAGGGAAUUUCUGUGGUUAUGAUCUGAAAGAGCUGGCCAAUCACACAGCCUCCCUCAAAUUGGAGCAAGAUGUCACCAAGGGUCCCGGUCCGAUGGGUCCAUCCCGUUUGGAGCUGUCAAAGCCGCUGGUAGCAGCAGUCAGUGGCUUUGCUGUGGCUGGAGGGCUGGAGCUGGCUCUGCUGGCAGAUCUGAGGGUGGUGGAGGAGAGCGCCGUCAUGGGGGUGUUCUGUCGCAGGUUUGGAGUUCCCCUGAUCGAUGGAGGCACAGUGCGGCUCCCACGUCUCAUCGGUCUGUCAAGAGCUCUUGACCUGAUUCUGACUGGGCGACCAAUCGGAGCACAGGAGGCUCUCGCCUACGGCUUGGCUAACAGAGUUGUGCCUGAUGGCCAAGCUUUACAGGCAGCCCUGCAGUUAGCAGAGCAGAUCAGCUCCUUCCCUCAGCAGUGUCUGCGGGCCGACCGCUCCUCAGCCAUGUACAGCUGCUACGACGCUCCCUCCUUCUCACAGGCAAUGCAGUAUGAGAUCGACCACGCAAUUCCUGUCAUCAGAUCAGAAGCUGUCGCUGGGGCAACCAGGUUCACUACUGGAGCAGGGAGAGGAGGAAAAUUCACCUAGGAUUUAGUUUGCAGAGGCCUUGUGAACUAUCAUUGUUCAGGUGAUCUAACACGUCUCGUUGCAUCCCUGUUGGAGGUCCUCUGCCUUCAGACCACAAAAUGUCUCAGAUAAUGUUGGUUAUUUUGUGUUGACGUAAUGCCAAAUUAUUCCCUAUCCAACCAUAUUAGCUUAUUAGAUAAGCAUCAAUCCCUACAUUUCAGAAGCAGGUAACAGUGACUGAUAGUUUAAAAAAAAGUUUUAAAAAAAAUAAAAAAAUAUUGUAAAAUGCAA